AUGAGAUAUUUGAUGAAAUUAAGUAAAUGGUCUAGUGUUUCAAUGGCAGUGGUAUAUGUUUUUCUAAGAGAUGUUAUAUUGCCCAAUUAUGAACAACUAUUGGAUCAAAGAAUACAGUUAAAAUUUCACACAAUUCAAGUAUUACGCAAGUUUAUAAUACGUGCAAAAUUAUUGCUAUGCUCAUCAUCAACGAAUAUAUACUCAGUUUAUGAUAAUGAUUCAAAAUAUAUUGAUGUAGGUGUUCAGACAACAUCUUUGACAAAUUCAUCUAUUUCUUCUAGAGAUUACUAUUAUGAUAGAGAUAAUUUCGUCCCCAGUACUAACGAAAAUGAUAUACUACCUUUGAAAAUAUUGACAGAUGGUAUAGAUAGAUUACAAAAAUUUAAUCAAAGGGCGGCCUCACUAAAUACUGAUGACCUAAAAUUACAAAUAGCAAAUUUUAAUGAUAAUCUAGAAUAUAAAUUAAAAAUGCAAAACAAUAAAAAUGACGAUGAAAUUGAUAAGCUAUUUACGGAAAUCAUAAAAAACAUCAGGUCCCUCAAAGGAUGGGCAAUUAAUACAUGA